AUGGAUGGGAACCCACUUUACCCAACACUUUUUAACAAUCAAAAGAUGAGUGUCAGAUUACUUAGAGAGGAGGUGAAAACCACUUUUGGCAUUGUUGUGAGUAUGAGUCCGUGUAGGAGAGCCAAGAAGUAUGCAUUGAGUCUAUUUGAAGGCACGGUUGUAGAAAAUUAUGCUAGAAUAUGGUCAUACUGUAAGGAUAUUAAAAGAUCAAAUCUUGGAUCCACUAUUAAAAUUUAUGUGGAUGCAAUGCCUGAUGGUAAGAAUUACUUCAGCAAGAUUUACAUAUGCUUUGAUGCACUCAAACAAGGGUGUAGGGGAGGGUGUAGAAGGAUCAUUAACUUGGAUGGUUGUUUCAUGAAAAGUUUUUCUAGUAAUCGGAAAUGGUUCAUUGAAAAUCUUUUUGAAGAUUUGCAGUGUUGGAAUGAAGGAAGUGGUUUGGUUUUAAUUUCUGAUCAACACAAGGGUUUGGUUGAGGCAGUCAAAGAAGUAUUCCCAAUAGCAGAACAUAGGCAGUGUGCUAGGCAUAUAUAUGCCAAUUUUAGAAACAAGUUUAGUGGAGUCAAGUUUAAAAAUUUGUUUUGGAGAGCAAGCAAGGCAAAAAAUGCAGCACAUUUUAACAUAGUCAUGAAAGAGAUUGAAAAGUUGAAUCCUAAAGCCGUUAACCAUCUUAUGGAUAAAGAUCCAAAGACUUGGUCUCUAGUUUUUUUUAGAGUUCACAAUUCAUCUUGUGAAUCUAUGGAGAAUGGCUUUUCAGAGAGCUUUAAUAGUGUGAUUUUGGAUGCUAGGAAGAAACCUAUUAUCAUCAUGUUAGAGGACAUUCGUAUAUAUGUGAUGCAAAGGAUAGUGAGUAUGAAACUAAUAGGUCAAGGAUGGAAUCGUUAUUCUGUUUGUCCAAACAUCAAAACAAGAUUGAGUAUUCUCCAAUAUGACCAAAGGUAUUGGCAGGUUGUGUCUUGUGGGGGUAUGAAGUUUGAAAGAAGGAAAAUGGAUGAGUCGUAUAUUGUUGAUGUCACAAAUAAGGAAUGCAAUUGCAGGUUAUGGCAACUAAAUGGGUAUGGUUGUGUUCAUUCUGUAGCUACAUUAGCAUAUUUAAACAUCAUACCUGAUGGGUUAUAUGUAGACCCAUUGUACCUGGGAGCCUUCUUCAAUAAUAGCUACAAACAGUCCAUUAGUGGCAUGAAUGGGAUGGACAUGUGGCCUUCUACAGACUUUAUACCUCCAUUGCCUCCAUUAAAAAGAAGAAUGCCAAGCAAGCCAACCAUGAAAAGAAUAAGAGAUGCUUGUGAAAGGUCUGGAAAACACAUGAAAGGGCACAACAAGACCACUUGCACUCAAGUGCUAAGGCCUCCUAAAACUAAUGUCACAAAGAAACAAAAGAUCAUGCAAACACAAGAGUCAGUGAAUAUGCAAGGGGGUGGAGAAGAUGCUGUUAUGGGUGAUGUAGUUGAGCCAUAA